UUCAUGAGAAUGUAGGGUGGUACAAAUACAGGCGAUGGUUGAUCACAAAUCUCAUAGAACACUUCCCAAAGAACUCCUAAACUCAAACACACUAUAAGACACGUAAGAGAAGAUGCAUGAAUACAACGACAUGUAUGAAUACAACGAAGAAGAUGGAGGGAUUCAGUUUCAACCCUACGAGGACGAACUCAUCAACGAAUAUUUAAUCCCCAAAUUAAAAGGUCAACCGCGUGAAGAGAUCACUACGAAGGAUGUUUACUCAAAGGAGCCAUGGUUGCUGGACCAUCCCAUGGGUUCCUUUUUCAAGAAGAACGAGUGGUACUAUAUUGUGACAAGGACUCAACUCUCUAAGAAGAAGAUUGGCUGUGGUAAGAAAGCGAAACGGAAGAUCACCCGAGACGACGAUAGUGGGUCUUGGAAGGCUAAUGCGAAAGGCUAUAUCAGGGACGAGGAAACAAAGAUGGUCAUUGGGCAACAUCAAACCCUAGCUUUUGUUAAAAGCAAAGUAAAUAACGAGAAGAAGCAGAAGAGGGGAGACAGUACUUCUUGUGAUGUUGUUGUACCAGGUAGCGAGAGUAGCUGGAUUAUGACAGAAUAUAUGCUUCCGGAAAUAGAAGGUAAGUUUCGUGAACUGGUCAUAUGCAAGAUUCAUGUGACCGAGAAUUCCAAUGAGAAGAAGAAGGAUGGAUGAUCGUCAUGAAGCUUCUACUUCUAGAAUUUAGAUUAGGUCUCUCCUAUUGUUAAUUAGACUACGAUGUUGGUUCUUUUCCUGUUGAAUGAAAUCAUGAUAAUCUUGUUAUUUGUGUUAUGA